UUAACCAGUUUAGUUUUAAUGCUUGGGUGUUUAUGGGCAAAAGAGUGUCCAAAACUCUGUAGGGAAAUAAUCUGAACCUGAGAAAGGGUACUUGUUGAUGCCUUGAAAGUCAAGAAGAAUCAAUACAAUUGUUGACCGUGAGAACCAGGAGGAGUGGAGGGAUAUGCAAACAAAGACAAAGGAAUGAGAGAGGGAGGGAGAGGAAGAGAGAGUUAAAAUGAUCCUCCUCGAACAAAUCCUUUUCAAUCUGAUCAGUGUUUGGGAUGGACUAACCAGCUUGGGACUCUGUAGCUUGUGACCAGAUGAGAUGGAUGGAUAGAAGACGGCUAGAAACAGAUUCGUUUGGCUGCCGAUCACAAGAGGCCCGCUGUGCCAAAAGGGAUCACCGGGAGGUGGACACCUCGACAGCUAUUUGUCCCGUUAUGGAGCCAACGUGUAUUGUUUGAUACAGCGACACGGCGAUGAAGCACUAACAGCUUUAGCAGAGAGACAAGGUCCUGCGCGCUGUAAUAAUUCUCUAAGAAAUUGACCCUGUUGUACAGGGGAUUUGGGGAUUUUUUUUGCCAUGUGUCAAAUCAGCUUGCCAGCCGCCCCACGUGACAGACUCCCUUGACAGGAGAGAAGCGAGACGUCGACCAAAGAUGGCCGACAACGCCAUCCCACCCCUGAUGCUUUUGUCUACAAGGCAAACGCGUUGGGGUGGAGUACUUCCAGGUUUCAUCCUACCCUCUUUCCCUCUUUUUUCUCUACUCCUCUAUACUCUCAUAUCUUCCUCAAUGGCUGCUGUUAGUUUGCCGGGAUUAGACUAUGACUAUGGAGCCCAGCCCAAGUUUGUUUGCACCCCAAUUCCAGCGGACACAGACCCCAGCUGCUUCACACCAGGCGGGGCAGCACACGGACCUGUCCACGACAGACCCAGCAGUAAUGGGCAUCAUGGACCUGCUGCAGGGGCGCCCAAUGGUAACGGCAGGAGGCCGAUGGGAAUGGGGAUGGGGAUAGGAAUAUCAGACGAGGCCAAAUCCACCAUCCUGCACCUUCGCGAGAGCCUGGUGCGGCAAAAGGAGACCAUCUUAGACCAACGGGAGACGAUCAGGGAACUGACUGCCAAGCUGACCCUCUGUGAGGGCUUUGGCCGGGGAGUGGGUCAUCACGAUGACCAUCACGACGACCACCAUGGAAACGCGCGUCACAACUCCCAUCACCCGAGCUCGCAUCACUCCUACCAUGACGCUGACCACCACGGGGACCCACACUACCCACUGAACAAUGGGCACCGAUCAGACCCACACCACCGAGGGAAGGAUAACUCUGGGAGCAAGCAUGGGGCCUUCUCCCCUGAGCAGACUAGGAAAACGCUACAGACACUCAAGGAGAGGCUGGAGAACUUGCAGGCCAGGAAUUCCUCCAGCUCCUAUUCAAGCUCACUGAGAGACCUCCUGCAACGUAAAAUCAAUGCACUUGAGAAGCAGCUCAACAAUCACUACGGUGGGCAUCAUGAUUAUGGUCACCAUGAUGACCACCACGAUGACCACCAUGACGACCACCACGAUGACCAUCCGGACGACCACCACGACGACCAUCAUGAACCUGGUCACCGCGAUGACCACCACGAUGAUCAUCAUGAUGCCCAACAUGGACCGGGUCACCGCGACGACCACCAUGAUGACUAUCACGACACCCACACCCCCACCCCCACCCGCUACAACAACCGCCCCAACAACCGUCAAAACAGUCACCAUGAUGACCAUCACUAUGACCGACACUAUGACCGCCAUUAUGAUCGUAGCCACGGCCGCCAUGACACACACCAUAACGACCACCAUGACGACCAUCCUGAUGAUCAUCACGACGACCACCACGAUGAUCUUCACGAUGACCACCGUGAAAACGGUGAUGACCACCAAGGCAAUGACGACCAUGGCCAUCGUCCUCGUCCAGCCUAUAACAGCAAGCCACCACCUCCAUUACCUCUUGGCCGUGGACACAACAAGCUGGAAACUGUGCUGAGCCACCUUAACCACAGGAACUCUAACCCUGGUACCCGGAAAAAGCCAAAGAGUCCGGAUGCUUUCCAGAUUGGCUUCCCUAUGCGCACUAACUACAUGUAUGGAAGGAUAAAAAAGACCCUACUCAUUGAAAUCUUCACCCUCACUGUCUGCCUCUGGAUAAAAGGGGGUUCAGGGCCUGGCCUCGGCACGCCCUUCUCCUACUCUGUCCCGGGACAGGCCAACGAACUGGUUCUGAUCGAAUGGGGCAACAAUCCCAUGGAACUACUGGUUAACGACAAUGCAGUGACAUUGCCCAUGGCUAUGACGGAUGGGAAGUGGCACCACCUGUGCAUGACAUGGUCGUCACACGAUGGGCAUUGGGAAGCCUUCCAGGAUGGCGUCAAAAGGGGGUCUGGAGAGAACCUAUCUGCAUGGCAUCCCAUCAAGCCUGGUGGAGUCUUUAUUCUGGGCCAGGAACAGGAUACCCUAGGUGGCCGAUUUGACGCCACCCAGUCCUUCGUCGGCGAGAUGUCAGACCUCCAGUUGUGGUCCCGCGUUCUCACACCCAAUGAAAUCUAUAGCCAGGCUUCCUGCGGAGGUCACCUGGCGGGUGACCUCAUCUCCUGGACAGAGGCAGUGGUCGAGCUUCACGGCGGGGUCACCAAAUACCCCUUUGACCCCUGCCACUAAGGACUACCCCACCCUGAUGUUAUUUAACGAGCUGUCUGGUGUGGCAGCAGGGCUCUGUGCACUACGCUGGAGACACAUGACAGGCCCUUAGCAACAAACCAGGCUGGCCCUUAGCCAUUCUGCAAUUUUGCCAUCCCUUUCCUCUCUGUUCUGCCUUCCCCCUCGCUGGGCCGAGGAACUGGGAAGACUUUAAAAGAGCAAAGGCUGGAUUUAACUGAAUGGCCAUGACCGCUGCUGCUCCCGGGAUCCAAUACCGGUAAUAGGAUUCCCUGUCUUUAAAUGGGUCCACCCAUGUUUGCCUCGGGCCUUAGUAAAAGCCCUUCAUCAGUCAGGUGUUCAAAGAAUCAUAACAUUUUACUGGGACAUAUUAUGCCGGGAUAUGGUUCUCAAAAUCCUAACACUCCAGAUGUUAUUUGUUCGUCUUUCUGGGUUUUUUUUUGCUGGCGAGCAGGACGAUACCAGUGACUAAAAGGAACGCACUGAGGCAGAAUGCUCAUAAACCAACUGUGGACAAUAUGGAAUGAACAAACUAAAGGCACUCAAAACAGCCACAUCGAUGGCAAGUGUAUGAGUUGGAAGACAAUGAUAAUGAUUUGAUGAUUGAAUGUGAUGAAUGUGAGGUACUACAUUGUAUUUUUUUGUACAUGAAGAUGGAGGAUCUCAUCUAUGGUUUUAGUUUUUUUUGGGGGGGGGGUUAGCCUGUCUCAACUCUACCUUUCACGCAAAAAAUGUUAGAGAACUAUUUUAUACUACUGUGUUGUACACACGUGCAACUGAUAAACGUUUCAUUUUAUUUUUCAGAUGAAUUUAGCUCUACCAAUAUCAACUGAUCAACACUCAACUGGAUUGUAAUUUCUAUCAGUGUGUCUGAAAUGGCUGCCAGGUUUUAUGAAACACCCGAGUUGAAGUUGUGGAUAUGAGCCCGCAUAAAUACAGGUUAACUGCCUGUCAAGAGGUCCUAAGCUAAUGCUGACAUCUCCAUUGUAAUCUUGUGGUUUUACAGGCAGAUUUGCCUGACAAAUAGAGCUCGGAUCUAGAUCCAGACUAUUUCCGCGUUGUCAUAGCAGACACAUGCUCUUAAAUACAUUCACGCAUGAAUGCACAUGCACUCAAAACAGCUUGGGGAAGACAAACAAUUCUGUAAUGCUCUAAAAGGCUUAUAUUCAAAGUCAAUCCAAUGUUGGUUUUUAUUAAUUGGGUCCUGUGUUUUUUAUGCAUGUAAAAUGCUUAUAAAAAUAGGUUUAAAAAAAAUAUAGCCUGUCUUGAAUAUCAACUGUCAAAAUCAUAAACAAAUACAAACCAUUCAUUUUUUUGUAAAUAUAAGGCAUUUUACACAACAACACAUCCUUUCCUUGUCUAUCCUUUCACUGUGGUCAUCCCUUUUCUGUCUGUAAAAGCAUUCAAAUUAGGAAUUGAUUUAGUUGUAUUUGCUUACUCACCCCCAUUUCACUGUGGGCUAUUAAGUUCGGAAUGUCUAUGUCUCAUUGAAUCACAUGAACACUGAUCGUGAAAGGGUCAUCUGUUGUUGCCAUGGUGAUAGUAUAGAGCUUAGCUGGACAUGCCCCCCUGACCACUAAUAGUCAUUACAACCAUUACAGUACACAACAAAUACAGUGGGUGACAUUUUGUAGAUAUUUGUUAAUGCACCUUUGUGAGAGGACAUAGUGGUCUGUAUUGUUGUGUAAGAGUUUAUAAUGCCAAGUUGAGCAUUAUAAAAACCCAUGCUCCCAUUUUCCUGUUAGUGGGCCAAAUGUAUGUGAAGUUUUUAAAAAACACAAAAAAAAACAAUUAUGUUUCUCAAUUGUUACAAAUAAAAAAAAUACUAUUGAUUCAUUAAUGAAUGCUAAUAUAACUGGAUAUAAUUCAGGUUAAACAGCAUUGAAUGCAGUUGUAUAAUCUGAAUCUAUGUUGCUUCCAUAACGUUUGCUUAAUCUCGCCUUUGGUAUACAUUUUAAUCUGUAUAUAAAGACACACUCAAUAGUUUUUUUUCAUUCUUGUCUGUAAAUAUUGAACAACCUUUUAUUUAUUCAUUCUUGUGUGUUUGGUCAAAAGUCCCUUUCCUUUGUGUGUAAGCCAAAAAAAAAGUCAAAUGAAUUGUAAAACUUAAAUGAGGAAUACAUGAAUAAAACUCUGUUAAAUAUGUUUUAAUAAAAUCAAGAUUUUGAAUAAAACGACUGCGUAUCUCAUGAA